CUUUAUACUAUUUUUUUUAGUAUCCGUUUUGAUCAUUAUUUGUAUUGCAGAGAAUUUAUCAUAAAGAAAAAACAAUUUUGUUGGUAUAGGAAUUUGUAUAUUGAAUUCCUUUUGCAUGACUUUAAUAAACAGAAUGGAGAAGUUGUGCAACCAAAUUGGAUAUUUGGUAUUGCAAGAUGACGGUGCAGUAAUAGAGUCUGGAGGAGAUUUGGAAAAUGAUGAGCGAAGUGCUAAUAUAUUCCUGGAUCUUCUGAACCUAGCGGAAAGUGUUGAUGAUAAUUUCAUGCCCAACAACAGCUGCGAACGCAUUUCAAUUGUGUAUGAUGAUCAUAGUUACAAUAUUUCCAUGAGUAACCACCGAAUUUUCAUUGUAAAGUUGAAAAAUGUAGCGCGUGGCAAUGCAGGAUAUAGUUCUGCCAGCAAUGGAAGCAGUGUGGUGUUUGCAGAAAAUGAGAGCACGGUAGUCACAUCAGUAUUGGCUUGAGACGCUACUACAUCAUGUUGUUUGCUCUGCCAUCGAAACAGAUCUGUACGACAGCUGAAAUCUUACCACGAGGAAGUACGUCGUUUUAACUGGAAAACACCUUUCAUUUAUUUGAUAAUUCUUUUUAUUUGUCAAAAAAUACAUCAUCUGUAAAUUCCUUAUCAAA